AUGUCGCACGCCGACAGCAACAGCAUCGAGCUGGAGCCUUCGGGCAAGCAGCAGGCUAUUCCUGUGAGUGUUGACGCUUCGACCAGGCCUACGCAGUCGGCCAACAUCGAUAGCGUUACGAGAACACGCAAAGUGUUUUCUUUUUCUCAGCUGUUUGCUUUUUCCUUGACAUACAUGGCACUAUGGGAGGGCAUGUGCUCGAAUAUGUACUUUGCCCUCUUCAAUGGCGGCCCUCAGACAUUUCUCUUUAGCUUCAUCAUUGUCUUCUUUGGUGCCAUCUCCCAGGCUGCAUCACUGGGAGAGAUGGCUUCUAUCCAGCCUGUAGCCGGAGCUCAAUAUCAUUGGACUUACUACAUGGCACCUGCAUCCGUCAAACGCUUUGCUACUUGGAUUCAGGGAUGGGCAACUUGGUUUGGCUACGUCUCCCUACUAGCAGCCAUUGCCAACGUCACCAUCAUCCUUCUCGAGUCUAUGAUCACUAUCAACCACCCCGACUACGUAGCUGGUGGAUGGCAUACGUCGAUACUGGUCAUCGCCAUGUGUUUGGUGCAUGGAUUGAUGAACGUCUUCGCAUUUAAGCUUAUCCCCUGGAUCGAGCUUGUCGCUGGUGUUCUCCAUGUCUGCCUCUUCGUUAUUUUUGUUGUCGUUCUCAUGGUCAUGGGUCCCCGAAACCCUGCUUCCUUCUGGCUGGAGCGUGACAUCUCUUCAGGUUGGGAGAAUAACGAGUAUGUUGCCUGGAACCUAGGCAUGCUCACCUGUGUGUGGAGUUUCACUGGCUUUGACAGUGCCAUCCACAUGUCUGAGGAGACUCGAAAGGCCAAGUCUGCUGUUCCGCGCGCCAUGUUCUGGUCCAUCUUCAUGAACGGUAUCCUUGGCUUCAUCAUGGUCAAUGUCCUCAUCUCCGCCAUGGGACCGGUCGACGAUAUGCUUUCCCAAACCAGCCAGAUUCAGGCCAUUCUCCUCAAUGCCACUGGCUCAAACAAGGCUACUACCGCUAUGAUUGCUGGUUUGUUUAUUGUGUCCUUCAGUGUAAACCUUGCCAAUAUUGCGUCCGUUUCCCGUCUAACGUGGGCGUGGUCUCGAGAUGGAGGCAUGCCUAGCUACUUUGCCUACGUCAGUCCCACACACCGUGUACCCACACGCUCCAUUGUCCUUACUGUCUUCCUCGUCUGCGCUCUCAACCUUCUCAACAUUGGAAGCACCUCCUAUGUGGCCUUCGGAGCCAUCACCUCCCUCUCAUCAUUGGCUCUGUACAUCAGUUACGCUAUUGCGAUCGGUAGCAUUAUCUAUGUUCGUCUCUCCGGCUCCAACAUCAAGCUUGGAGAAUGGAAUCUUGGGCGAUUCGGUCUUCCCAUCAACAUCUUUGCAUUGGUCUAUACCCUCUACAUUAUCAUCUUCCUUCCGUUCCCAUCAACCCUGCCAGUCACUCCCGAGAACAUGAAUUAUUGUGGUCCGGUCAUGGUGGCUGUUUUGGCUAUUGCUGUUGGUCUGUGGUUCACCCAUGCAAGAAAGCACUGGACGGGACCCAACUUGACCAUCCUCGAGUUUGUGGUAGCGAACGCAUCGACAUAA